CAAAUCGAAUCAAUCCACUAGAAGCCUUCACCAGUCUUUCAAUUCUGCAGUUUUAUCCAUUUCCCUAAAAGAUGUUCCUAGUUUAGAUGUUUGGCAUCAUAGACUAGGGAAUUCUAGUUAUGAUGUAAUUCUCAAAGCUUACAGAAGUUGUAACCUUGCUUAUGAAAUGAAAAGAGAUGUUGUUUGUUCUUCUUGCGCUUUGUCUAAAAUUCACAGAUUGCCCUUUGCUAUUUCAGAAACUGCUUGUAACAAACCUCUUGAACUUGUACAUUCAUACUUAUGGAGACCUGCACCCAUGAA